GCGUCGGAUGAAAACAAGAUGGAGAUGAAGUUGGCUCAUUUGUAUAUGUGCGCUUUCUAAACAGUCAUUUGGAACGUUGUGUCGGAUGUGUUUAUUUGCAUAGCCCCACGCUUGCUGUUUGAAUGUUAGAUGCUGUGGGACCGCGAAGAAAUAGCACGAGUCUCGCGGAAGCGCAAAGUUUGGUCAUUCUAUUAGCUUCCGUGCUAGCCGCGUGCUCAAUUGCGUUAGCCGACGACUUUCCUUGACAACCAGCUAAUUGUUGUGCUAGCAUCCCACUGCAUCCGAAUGUUUACCCCAACAUGCAGGUUUUCACACGCGCUCGGGAAACUCUCGAAACACUCCAUGCAACAUAUUUCAACUAUGUUGCAUAUCUUUAUCGCAUUCUCAGCAGUGUUGUAUAUUUCGGUGUAACGCUAUCGAUAGCAGCGUUUGUCCAGCUAACGAGCGCUUUAUGAUUUCGUACACAGUAUAUGUAGUUCAUGUAUUCACACUUCAAGUGGUGCUGUGUUCGCCUUACGAAUGAGGAGAGUUGCUUGGUUUGAUUAGCAGCGUCUGCAUGCACAACUUCCCCCGCCAACAGCCAACGCUGGCUAUUAGCAGGCUAGCUAAAAGGAAAACUCUUCCAUCACCGGAUGUUUUAACAGAUGCCAAAACCGAUAGAAGCCCGCUUACAGCUGCGGCUGUGUUGACUGGAAGUUUAUGUCGUAGUGGAGUGAAAUACAAGUGUUCAUUCUUACGUGGGGGGCUGUUGACGCUGUUGUGGUGCAGGCCCGAUAGGCCCCAGUCGGCAGGGCCGAAUGGCUUACACUGCCUGUGGCUAACAUCCAUACAUCCAUCUGUCACUUCUACUUUCAUUCAUGCUAACCGAGCGUGAUUCACAUUUUAUUUUAUAUUGAUACUUAUUGUUAUUUUAUUCAUUUACUUAAUGGAUUAUUUUUAGAAAUGCAUUUAUGUGGGGAAAAAACCCAAAGCAUAUGUCAAUAUAUUCCCAAAAGACUCAAGUUUGGAUGAAGCGUCUUAAUCACAAUCAAAAGGCAAAAACUGCUGCUAACAAGUUUGAGGACGUUGCAAUAUAUACACAUUGAGGCGUUUGGGGGCACGUCUCCCUUUUAGACGUCAGGAUGGCAGGACGUAGCGAGGAUGAAAGUGUCAGCAACAGCAGUGGGGAAUCAAGCAAUUCUGAUGAUGAAUCUGGUUCUGGAUCCAGAUCCGCAUCUAGAUCUGGUUCAGGGUCCAGUUCCAGCUCCUCCAGCAGCAGCAGCCAGUCAGGAAGCAGUGACUCGGGAAGUGGCUCAGACUCUGGCAGCCAGUCUGAUUCUGAGACGGAAAAAUCGAAGGAUAAGAUUGAACCUCCAAAUAAGUCAAACAUUGAUGGCGCUGAUUUUUGGAAGUCCAAUCCAAGUAUUCUCGCAGUACAACGGUCUGCAAUGCUCAGGAAACAACAGCAACAACAGCAGCGACAAAGUUCCUCCAAUAGCGGAUCUGAUGAGGACUCGUCAAGCAGUGACGAAUCUGACUCGUCAAGUGGAUCCAAAAGGAGAAGAAAUUCUGGCUCUUCCGACUCUGGAUCAGGCAGUGGAUCUGGAUCAGACUCGUCUGCAGAGAACAACAGUGAUGAAACGGCGUCAGACUAUGAGCCCUGUCACACAAUCAAAAGUCGAAAGCCACCCACCAAGGUUAAUUUUCGUAAUGGCAAGAGCAGCUCCCAAAACAAGAAGAGCCAGAAAUGUUCGUCUUCAGAGGAUGAGGAUGACAGUUGUAAAAAGGCAGUCUCCGCUGGACCACGGCGGCAGGCCACAGUCAACAUCAGCUACAAGGAGGAUGAAGAACUGAAAACGGACUCGGAUGACCUGGUGGAGGUUCUUGGGGAAGAUGUCCCACAGCCCGAAGAAGAUGAGUUUGAGACACUGGAGAGAGUGAUGGAUAGCAGGAUUGGGAGGAAAAGGGCUGUAGGAAGUGUGACUACAGUAUAUGCUGUAGAAGCUGAUGGAGACCCCAAUACCAAUUUCAACCCCAACAAGGAGUCAGGGGACACCCAAUAUCUCAUUAAGUGGAAGAACUGGGCACACAUUCACAACACUUGGGAGACUGAGGAAACCCUUAAGCUGCAAAACGUCAGGGGUAUGAAGAAGUUGGACAAUUUUAAGAAGAAGGAACAAGAAAAAAAGAAAUGGUUAAAGACGGCCUCACCAGAAGAUAUUGAGUAUUUCAGUUGUCAGGAAGAACUCAUUGAUGACCUGCACUCUCAGUACCAGCUUGUGGAGAGAAUCAUAGGUCAUUCCAACCAGAAGUCAGCUGCUGGUUACCCAGACUACCUGUGCAAGUGGCAGGGAUUGCCAUACUCAGAAUGUAGCUGGGAAGAUGGGGCUCUGAUUGCCAAGAAGUUUCAAAAAUGUAUUGACGACUACAUGAGCAGAAACCAGUCAAAAACCAUUCCUUCCAGAGAGUGCAAGGUUCUGAAACAGAGACCAAGAUUUGCUCCUAUGAAGAAGCAGCCCCAUUACAUUGGAGGUGAUGGACUAGAACUCCGGGACUACCAGUUGGACAGUUUAAACUGGAUGGCCCACUCCUGGUGCAAAGGUAACAGCUGUAUCCUCGCUGACGAGAUGGGUUUAGGGAAGACCAUCCAGACAAUCUCCUUCCUCAACUAUCUGUUUAAUGAGCACCAGCUAUAUGGGCCUUUCCUGUUGGUUGUACCACUCUCUACCUUAACGUCGUGGCAGAGAGAGAUCCAGCUGUGGGCCCCUCAGAUGAAUAUUGUUGUCUACCUGGGGGACAUUCGCAGUCGGAAUAUGAUCAGGACACACGAGUGGAUGCACGUCCUUGCCAAGAGGCUGAAAUUCAACAUCCUGCUCACAACAUAUGAGAUUCUUCUCAAGGACAAGUCUUUUUUGGGAAGUGUUAACUGGGCUUUCAUUGGCGUGGAUGAGGCACAUCGACUGAAAAAUGAUGACUCUCUCCUCUACAAGACCAUGAUUGACUUCAAGUCCAAUCACAGGCUUCUGAUCACAGGAACCCCCCUGCAGAACUCUCUCAAAGAGCUCUGGUCACUCCUGCACUUCAUUAUGCCAGAAAAGUUCCACUCGUGGGAGUUGUUUGAGGAGGAACAUGGUAAAGGACGGGAUUCUGGCUACACUAGUCUGCACAAAGAACUAGAACCUUUUCUUCUACGCAGAGUAAAAAAGGAUGUGGAGAAAUCUCUCCCAGCCAAAGUGGAACAGAUCCUCAGAGUGGAAAUGAGUGCUAUACAGAAACAGUAUUACAAAUGGAUCCUCACCAGGAAUUACAAGGCUCUGAGUAAAGGUACCAAAGGCAGCACUUCAGGUUUCCUAAACAUAAUGAUGGAGUUGAAGAAGUGCUGUAACCACUGUUACCUCAUCAAACCUCCCGAGGACAAUGAAUUUCUAAACAGAGCUGAAGCAUUACAGCAACUCAUUCGCAGCAGUGGGAAACUGGUUCUUUUGGAUAAGUUGCUUGUACGUUUAAAAGAGCGAGGCCACAGAGUUCUCAUUUUCUCCCAGAUGGUUCGGAUGCUGGAUAUCCUAGCUGAUUACCUGAGAAGUCGACAGUUUCUCUUUCAGCGAUUAGAUGGCUCCAUCAAGGGUGAAAUGAGGAAGCAGGCUUUGGACCAUUUCAAUGCAGAUGGUUCAGAGGAUUUCUGCUUCCUAUUAUCCACGCGUGCAGGAGGCCUGGGUAUCAACCUGGCUUCAGCGGACACGGUCGUCAUCUUUGACUCUGAUUGGAAUCCCCAAAAUGAUCUGCAAGCCCAGGCCAGAGCCCACAGGAUUGGACAAAAGAGACAAGUUAACAUUUACCGUCUGGUGACCAAGGGUUCAGUGGAGGAGGACAUCAUUGAGAGAGCGAAGAAGAAGAUGGUGCUGGAUCACCUUGUCAUUCAGAGGAUGGACACGACGGGAAAAACUGUCCUCCAUACUGGCACUGCUCCUUCCAGUUCCGCACCGUUCAACAAGGAAGAGUUGUCUGCCAUCCUGAAAUUUGGUGCCGAGGAACUUUUCAAAGAGCCGGAGGGCGAGGAGCAGGAACCCCAGGAAAUGGAUAUUGACGAGAUUCUCAAAAGAGCUGAAACCAGAGAGAAUGAUCCUGGACCUUCCACUGUGGGAGAAGAACUGUUGUCUCAGUUCAAGGUAGCCAACUUCUCCAUGAUGGAUGAAGAGGAAAUAGAAAUGGACUCAGAGCGUAGCCAUCGGAAUUGGGAUGACAUCAUUCCUGAAGAGCAGAGGAGGAGGAUGGAAGAAGAGGAGAGACAGAAGGAGCUAGAGGAAAUAUACAUGCUGCCACGCAUGAGGAAUUGUGCCAAACAGAUAAGCUUUAAUGCAAAUGAGGGCAGAAGGCAGGGCAGGAGCAGGAGAUACUCGGGGUCCGACAGUGACUCCCACUCAGAUCGAAAGAGGCCAAAGAAACGUGGUAGGCCUCGAACCAUUCCACGGGAAAACAUCAAGGGCUUCAGUGAUGCUGAAAUCCGGAGGUUUGUCAAGAGUUACAAGAAAUUUGGGGGACCCCUGGAAAGGUUGGAUGCUAUUGCUCGUGAUGCCGAACUUGUGGAUAAGUCUGAACAUGACCUGAAACGCUUGGCCGACACCGUUCACAACGGCUGUUUGAGAACACUACGAGAGAACCCCUGUGGACCAGAAAGAAGCUCGGGGGGCAGGCGAGGGAAGGUGAAAGGUCCCACUUUCAGGAUCUCUGGUGUCCAAGUCAACGCCAAGCUUGUUAUCUCUCAUGAGGAAGAGCUUGCUCCGCUUCACAAAGCCAUCCCUGAGGACCCAGAGGAGAGAAAAAAGUAUAUGAUUCCAUGCCACUCGAAGGCAGCACACUUUGACAUUGAGUGGGGGAAGGAGGAUGACUCCAGUCUCCUCAUUGGAAUCUACGAGUAUGGUUACGGCAGCUGGGAGAUGAUCAAGAUGGACCCAGAUCUUAAUCUCACACACAAGCUCCUACCAGAUGACCCUGAUAAGAAACCACAGGCCAAACAGCUCCAGACCAGAGCAGACUACCUCAUCAAGUUACUGAGCAAGGACCUUGCCAAAAAAGAAGCUCAGAAACAAGCAGGGACAGCCAAUUCUCGAAAGAGGAAGCCAAGGAGCAAAAAGAGCAAAACUCUCAAGCCAACUCAGAUGGAUGAGAUGAUGAAGAGCGCAUCCUCGGAUCCUCAGUCAGACAAGAGGUCUGAUGAUGAGGAUGAAAUGGAGGAGGAAAAGUUUCAGGAAAUGGCAGUGAAGACUCCAAGCAGAAGAAGCCGAGCGGACCGGGCCACAGUGAAGGAUGACAACGAGGACCAGGAAGAAGAAGAUGACAACGAUGAGGAGGAGGAGGAAGAAGAGGAGGAAGAAGAAGAGGAGGAAGCUCAGCAAGAUGAUGGUUCUUCAUCUGGUGAGAGGGAGGUGCAAGAAGAAACAAAAAAAGAAUGCAAAAAGGAAGAAAGUUGGGAUGGAAGAGAAACAAAGGAGCCCAAAGAGAAAAAAGAAGCCAUGCCCAUGGAAGAAGACGAUAAGCAAGAGGACAAUGUGGAGAAGCAGAGUGAAAACAAAGCUGAGCUCAGAGAACGGAUAAAGAAAGCAUCUGAUGUGCCAGUCCACAUAACGGCAAGCGGCGACAACAUUCAAGGCCUGGAGGAGUCUGAAGAAUUAGACCAAAAAACAUUUAGCGUGUGUAAAGAGAGGAUGCGGCCUGUGAAAGCAGCACUCAAGCAGCUGGACCGACCAGAGAAGGGACUGUCGGAGCGUGAGCAGCUGGAACACACCCGGCAAUGCCUCAUCAAGAUUGGAGACCACAUCACAGAGUGUCUCAAGGAGUAUUCCAACCCUGACCUCAUCAAACAGUGGCGAAAAAACCUGUGGAUAUUUGUUUCAAAAUUCACCGAGUUUGACGCCAGGAAGUUGCAUAAAUUGUACAAGCACGCUAUCAAGAAAAGACAAGAAAACGCUCAAGCAGCAGAGCAGAACACCAGGAGUGCAAACACAAUGGGCUACAAACACGCAGAUAUUGAACGUCUGAGGGACAGCUGUCACCAGGACGACAGCAGCAGGGACAGCUACAGCUCAGACAGACAUCAGCCCACAGUUCGCCAGCACGACACUAGCAGGGACCGACACAGCCUGGAAGCUCACAGGAAGACUGUAGGGGAGUCCAGGAAAAGAUCCUACUCCUCAUUUAGUAAUGGCAAAGACCACAGAGACCACUACCGACCCGACAGCAGGGACAGACAUUACAGCGACGGCAAACAAAGGAAGCUGGAGGAGGUACGCUCCAGCAGAGACCACCGACUGGACCUGAAGGACUUCCCGCACUCGGACCAGCGCUCGUCAUACCGCUACCACUCGGACUGGCAGACGGAGCAGAGGGCGUCGGCCAGUGGACCGCGCUCGCCCCGAGACCAGCGCUCACCUUACGACUAUUCCUCCGACCACAAGAGCACGCCGGAGCAAAUCUGGAGCAGCCGCAAGACAUAACAGCAGCUGGCGCGCCUGCCGGUAGCCGCCAUGAACUCUCCAACACAGCAGAUGCCUUACAGGACGCCACCUGAUGCUGUCGAAGCACGCUAAGCAGCGAGGGAAGAAGAAUCAGAGCUUAUUUUUGUAUUUAAGAGUUGAAAGCUGCAUGCAGCACACCUUUUUGUUAUUUUUAUAUGGAAACUUUUCCUUUUUUUUUUUUUUUUUUACCUCCGGUCAGAACAGACCCCGAGCGCUGCCUCAUAGUCC